AUGACAGGUAGAGUCAGACGUGGUGCCGGAGGCAAAGUCCCUAUUCCCAGGAACUACUCGAAGCGACAGACACUGACCGAUCGUUUGGAUGGUUUGCGGAAAGCUCCAGACAGCGAGCGACUCGAAGUGUUCGAACAGACUGCGAAAGAGUCCAAAGCCUUCAAAGGUUUCCGCCAUCAUGCGGCGAAGACGCAAUCUCGACAGGAUCAUCACCUCAGACAGUUCAAAGACUGGAUGGCCAUGAAGGAAGGCAAGGAGGUGGACGAUUUCGAAGAAGAAGACUUACUGGAGAUCUGCUUCCCACGAGAUGACGAUGGCCAGGUGGCGGAGAACAUCCGCCAGUUCCUGAUCGUGACUUACCACAAGACAGCGCCGAGAUCUCGCUUGACUGGUGAACGAAUUUCCUAUCGCUCACUGACCAAGUUCCGAGACUCGCUCUUCUUCUGGGCGAGGUACUUCGCACAUCAGCGUGGAGAUACUGCUCCGGACGCGCGUCUUCUGUUCCACCAUGCGGCCGAAGCUAUGCGUGCUGUCAUCAAGAGUGACCCGGAUCCGGUCCCGGAGAUAUCGAAACAAACAAUAGCGAUGUCAAGCACCUUGUCCCAUGCCGCAUUCAUCUUGCGUGAGGCCAGCCUGCAUCUUGUCGGUCCUCGUCUCUCCUCCUCAUCCCUCCUACCCUGCGUCUUUGCCGAUCUGUGGACCUUUCGGCAUGUCGAACAUUCCUGGGACUCACUUCGCGUGGACACUCGCUUACUCAAUUUGUGGUGGUUUAGGAAGAGCUUCAUCGGUCUGUCAGAGCUCCGAGUGCUCAAGGACUUCGUAAUGAGCACGUCGCGUGAUAUUGAAUAUGCCGAGCAGCACCUGGCUGCUUGGGACAUUGCACGUUUGACAGCCUGUCGCCCGGGCAGCAUCUGCAAGUCAGGCCGAGCUACACCUUUGCGGUGGAUCGAUAUUGAGUUUCAGAGGGAUGGCGAGACUGGCAGGUUCAAACUGAUCAUACAUUUCUGGAAUCUUGCCAUCAAGAAACCCGAGGACCCAGAGCGCCCAGAAGCCGAGAGAAGUUCCGAUGCCAGACACGUUGAACUCCCCUCGCCCGAGCCGGCCAACUUGACCUUCUCGGCUGCCCAUCGCCUUCUCGUCAUCGCUAUUCGACGCGGCAUCCUGCAAGACAUUGACACCAUCGAGGAUCUCAUGGCGUACACCGGAAAGAACAUCAAGAUCAAGCCCGAGUUCCGGGAAGACUAUCUCUUCUACCGUGGGAAGCCGAAGGGUAUGGGUAUCGACAUGAAGCACCCUCUGACUGUAACAGCACUUGAUCAGUUCUUGAAGAGAUGCUGCUUCGCAGUUGGCUUCACCCAGCAAGCGAUCGGGAUGACCAGUAUUCGUCGUCGUGCAUCGUCCGAUCUCGUCGCUCGGAUCGGCACGGAGCAAACCCGCAGAAUUCUGGGUCAUGCACCAGACACAUUCACCUUGGAGAGAUACUACCUCUUCAUGGGUCCGAUGAUGAACCAGACUGGUUUACUGAUGGACGAGGGCGACGACGUUCAGUUCAAGGAGAUCUACCGCAAGCGAUGGGCGCCCAUGGUCACGUCCAAGAUCGACGACCCGGCAAUCAAGCGUACCAGAGGCGCUGCACUCCGCGCAAUGACCGACAGGCUCGUUCUCGCAGAUCCGGAGACACCGAACUGCACGACCGAGCAAGAGCGUCGGAACUACCGCGCUCGACUUCGACUUCACGCCCACCGAGCAUUGCUUGAGCACGAAAAGCAAGAGUCUGAGCAGAAUCUGACUCAAGAGCAGUUCGAGCAACGUGUCAGCUCCCUGGAGGCCUCCACCUUCGCUGACGCUGUCCUCAAGCGUGCUCUCGAGCUGCGCAAAGCUGGCGACGACAGCGCCCGGUUCCAGUCGGAAGGCAACUUUGUGCCCGAAGAAGACGACGAGGAGGAAGAUACCGAGCCAGAGCAAGACCUCGAAUCUGGCGAGACUGAAGUGCCUACCGACGGUGGACCCAUCAGGCUCACAUUCGAGUCUGAGCUUGACGAGGAAGCGGCGGAUGGAGAUGUGGUUCAGGAGUCCAGCGAACUAUCGUACCAAGAUUACGCCACCGCCUUCAUGGACAUCAUGCUCCACAACCUCGAGUCCACCGAAACCGCCUGGAAAGAUCGCCUCGACAAGACCUGCCCUACCUGUCAGGAAGACUUCACCGUCUCGGAGGAUGUAAAGUCCAAGGAGUUCACGAGCCAGUCUCAUCUCGACAUUCACCUCGCCAGCAACUUUCAUACGCCGUUGGUUCGCUUCCAACGCAUGGUGGACAAUGAAGCAGCCGAGCACGAGGAUGGUCUCUAUCAAUGCCCAUACUGCUACAAUGCUGAUGAAGAUCGACUGAAUCAUUACGCGGAACAGGGCAUUGACCCACCGUCAUCCGACUUCACUUCCAGAGCAGCUCUCGAGACUCACGUCAAAGAGAGCUCGCAUCUCACCGAUGGCCAGAAGCACGAUUCGCUCAAGGAGGACGAUGGCUGGUAUGACACAGUCUUCUAUCCCAAGCAGCUCAAGUCCACAUCCAAGAAGCGCCAUCUCAAGGGUGUCAAGGAGCUGGAAAAGCUCGGCAUCAAGUACACGAGGAUUGCUGCCCUAGGUGGCUCCGGAGUGCGCCACAAGACAAUCCCAGGCGCCGUCACAGGUGCGGAGGCAUCUGGCAUGCAUCCCAGAUUCGCCAACCUUGUUUCUAGCAGCUCUGCCGCUGCGGGCGACGGUCGACUGGCCAGACUGACAGUCACUGGUGUUCCUCUCGCUGGUCUACCUCCGCAUGUGCAGGGACUCGUUUCCUACCGUCACAUAGCCGGAUCGACGGCAGCUGGUGAGGUCGAGGAUGAUGAAGGCGAGGAGGAGGACCAUGACGAGGACGCGGACGAGGACGAGGACGAGGACGAGGAUGAGAUGAUGACUGGCGUCGGCAGCAUGCAGCAAGAUCCGAUUGAGAUCGGAGAUGACGAUGGCAGCAGCAGCUUGGAUGAUGACGAGGACAUGGAUAUGGAUGGCUGA